CUGGCAAACAAAGCAAAAACUUACAUCUGGAUUCAGCAAACAGUAUGAAGCCAAACUUCUCCUAAUGUUGACAGAAGACAAUUAUCACAGAAAUGAUCACCAGGUGGGAGGCAAUAGUGGAGCAGACCCGGCGGUGGCAGUGGAAGAUGGACAGCCGGCUCCCCCAGCCACUGGGGCACAUUGCCACCUGGCUUCACAAGGGCGAGGACAUGGUCAACAGGACAGCAGCAACCAAGGAUGGGCACGAGGAGACAGCCAAUGAGAUCCUCAGGAUGCUUCAAGAACAUAAGGCAUACUUCAAGGAUCUAGACAAGUACACCCAAGCAUUCCAAGAUGUCAAAGCAGUAGGGAGGGUGAAAGGGGAGACAAUUCCACAGGAACAAGUCAAGGACCUGGAUGGCAGGUUGAUUAAACUUGCAUCUGAUUCACAACAUAGGUUCAUCCAGCUCCAGUACUUGGAGUACAAGUACCGGCUGCUGGCAUUCCUCGUCAUGGGGGAGACCAAACUCAAGUCUUGGACCAUCAAGUAUGGCAAACAGGAACAUGUGGAACAGCUACUCAAGAACUAUAUGGAGUUCAUUCACAAGAAGAAGUUCUUUGAGACAUAUGACUCAACCUCAGCCUAUCUGAAGAGAGUGGCAGAAGCCUACCUUGCAGAUGAAAUUCCAGCUGAGGAAAAGGAGAAAGUUCGUAAGUUCCUGAGUGACAAGGCUGCCCAGUGGAAGAACUUGUCAGUGGAGAUCAGGAGUGUGAAGACCAUGCUGGAGGAGGUGAUUGACAAGUGGAAGAAGUACAACGAGUGUGUACAGCUCCUACAGGACUGGCUGGAGAAGUCUGAGGCCAUGGCUGGCAAGCCUAAUGAUGUCAAGAAGGAGUACUUCCAGGACUUGUUCCAGUGGCAGGACAGACAAACUCUGCUGAAUGAGACAGGGAACUUUCUGAUUGAGAUCACCAAUGAGACUGUCUCCCUGGAUAUUCAACAACAGCUACUGCUCAUCAACGGCAGGUGGAAGGACCUGUUUGACUCUGUCAAAGACCAGGUAAAGGAGGGAGAAGUGAGCAAGAUGAACCGAGAAUACCAGACAGGAACCAAGCGGCUGACAGACUGGCUGACCAAGGCAGAGAAAGUUCUGAAGAAGCCAGUCCAGGUGACUUAUGUCUCCAUCAAGGAUUAUGUGCAGGACUUAGAGGACAUACAUGCAGAGAUACCUGCCCAAGAAAGUGCCAUCAAGGCUCUGUCCAAACUGGGACAGAUUCUGGUGAAAGAGACACCGCCAGACCAGGUCAAGACCAUGUUUGAGGCCCUGAAGGACAUCAAGGACAGAUUUCUCAAGGUGCGAGAGACUGUUCCUGUUGGAAUGAGGUUGUGCACAGAGAUGCAGGAGCCAUUGCAGGCCCUGGAACAUGGAUGCCUGGAGAUCACCCGCUGGCUGGACCAGGCAGAGAAACUUCUCCUGUCACACAAGGUGGAGGCUAGCUUGGAGCAGCUAGAGGAGAGGAUCAAGUCUCACCAGCAAUUCUUCAUCAGUCACAAGCAGAUCCGCUCCAAACUGGAGGCCAGGAACAAAGAGCUGAGUAAGGUGCUGAGUCUGUGCUCAGACAACAUGGACAAGUCCAUUGUGGAGAUACGGAUGACUGACAUCAUUACCAGGUUCCAGAACUGCAUGGACAUUGCAUCUGAGUGGGAGAAGAAACUGAACAGUGUCCUGCUGACCUGGAGGGAUUUCAGCAGGAGACAGGCAGAUGUGGACAAGAAGCUGAAGGAGGCAGUGGCUGUCCUAGGACAGAAAGGAACCCAGAUAGAUAAACUCAUUACAGGUCAUCUGGAUUUCUUCAAUGCUAUGGAUGAGACCAUCCCAAGAGAGUAUCUGACCGUAGCUGAGAAACACCUGCAGGAGAUGCCAGAGCCAACUCGCACACAGCAGCAGAGGAAGAUACAGGACACCCAGGACAGCUGGAAGGAUGUAACAGGAAAGGCGCCCAUCCGCCUGGCCAAGCUGCAGUUCCAAAAGCCGGAGACGAUGCUGAAGAAGAAGCUGGCAGAGACAGAGGCAGAACUGGCAGAAGAGAUCAAGCUGCUCAAUGCAAAACACAACCCUGAGAAACUGCUGGAUAGACAUAAGAAUUACUUUCACAAGGAGGGUGGAUUCUUCAGCAUCUGUGAAGAGUGCAAAUAUCUGAUGGAGAAUGCCACAAAGAAGAUGAAGGCCAUAAAUAAGGAUGACACAUCCCUGGAGGAUGCCUACACGGAGUAUAAGAUGAGAUAUGGAGAACUUCGUGCUGAGGUGGAGGUCAUCUACAAGAAGAUCCUGGAAAGACUUCAGCAAUGGAGCCAGUACAGAGAAAGGUUGAAAAUGUUCAGCCAGUGGCUGGAGAGUGAAGAGAAGUCCCUGAGAGAUCUGUCCAGCACAGUUCCCAGCAAAGAGGAGUUUGAAAUGUACAAGGCAAAACUGGAGACCCUGAUGAAGUACAAAGAGGCCCAUGCUGAUGAUGUCCAGUGGCUGACAACAACCCUGAAGACUCUGACAGGAGGCAGCCAGGAUCCUGAGGCUGCCUCUCACCAGAAGGAGCUGCAGGACCUUGUUCAACGGUACAAUAAACUGGACGGGUCCAUUCAAGAGGCAGGGGACAGGGUCCAGGAGGCUGAGCAGGCCGUGCAACAGGAGGAGCAACAUUUGACUAGUGAUGAACUAUCCAACAACAUUGGCUGUGAAGAAGGAACACUCCAAGAGGCCUUUGCAAUGAAGGAGACACUGAAUAGUGACAUUGAACUUAGUAGCCAACACUUGCAAACACCUCCGUCCUCCCCUCCUUCUCGUGCCUCGUCAACAAUGGAUGAAGUUUCUGAGACGGACUCAGACAGCCAAACAUGCCAGACACCUCCGUCCACACCUCCCAAGGAGAGCAGUCUUGGUGGUGCCCUGUGCAAGAUCACUUGGGAGGCAAAGGAUCCAAAAGCACAGGAGAAGGUCAAGUUCACCCAUGACGUGGGGCUGAUGGGUAUGUCUGGUGAUGGCGUACCUGGCGGGGAGUCCAGUGAAACGUCACCACCCCCAGCCCCGCUAGGACCUCGCCAGGUGAAAGUGUCCAUCACUGGAGGAAAGCUGAGAAGGUUGCCAGACGGAAGAUUUGUUUUCGAUAUCCCAGCAGUACCACCCCAAGUACAGCACAUGAUUAACUGUAGAAACCAGGCCAAUAGACAACAGGAGGACCGUCUGCUCGAGGAGUACAAACAGAAGAAGACAGCUGCACUACGUGAGAUGGACAACAUCAGGGAGGACAUAGAAGAGGCUUCCCAGAUGGGUGGGCUACAAACUGUAGGAGAGAAUGUGCAGUCACUCCAGUCUUUGAAACCUCAGCAGAAGAAGCUGGCAUCACAGCUGGCCAGUCUGGAGUCCAUGUUGUCUCAGAUGUCAGCCAUGCCUGGAGUUGGAGACAAGGCUGCGUGGGAUAAAGAAGCAGCAGAGCUGAAGCAGAGAUGUGCCACCCUGCAACAGGACCUGCAGGACAACCUCACAGCCAUGGAGAACUUACAGGUGAGGUGGGAAGACUUCUAUGCCAAGUUAGACCGGUUUAACAGCUGGAUUCAGACAUCAGGUGCCAAACUGGCCAAGGUAGAACAUGCCACAGACAGCCCUGAGGUGCUGUUUGACAAGGCCAAGGGCAUCUGCAGUGAGAUCUUUGACAAGUAUGAAGACCUGGAAACCCUUGAGAAAGAAGGUCAGAACUUGAUCCCAGAUGCAACUGAUGCAGAAACACUGGCUGUCAAGACCAAGCUGCAGGAAGCUGGCAAGCAGUGGGAGAUGCUUUGCACCAGGGCAAAGGCUCUUAACACUAAGGUGAAGGAGAAUGUUAGUCACUGGCAGGCAUAUCAGGGCUAUCUCCAGCAGCUGUUGCCAUGGCUGGAACAAGCCGAGCGCUCACUCAGACAACAGCUGCCUAAAUCUGCCUCCAGCACACAGGCAGAGGAACAUGUCAGGCAACAGCAGGUGUUCUCCAGAGACCUUGAGGAGCACAGGUCUGUCCUUGAUGCAGCCGUGGCUGAGUCUGAGCAGAUCAUCAGUAAGCCUCACCUGGGGGAGGAGGUGGAGGACAUCCAGAACAGGUUCACACAGGUUGAAGACUUGUCCAAUGACAGAACUGCAGAGCUGUCUUCCUUCCGUGACAAGUGGAAGGAAUAUGAGACUGACGUCAGCUCCUUCCUGAAGUGGCUGGAGAAGUGUGAAAGCCUGUUAAAGGGUCAUGUGGACCCAGCAGACACACAGAAGCACCAGGCUUACAUACACACCAUGAAGACCCUGCAAGAUGAAGUGGGUGCCAUGAAACUCCAGGACAGUGUUGCAAAUGUGAAGCCCUCAUUCAUGGACCUACUGGAAGCUAACAGCAGUCUGAGGGAAAUUGCCAAUCCGCAAGGGACUAAAACUCUGCAGACACAGAGAGUGGACCUGGAGAAACGCUUCCAUGCUCUGGAGACCACCAUCGAGCAGAAGAUCAGGCAGGCUGAAGGGCUGGGGGAGAGAUGGACACAUCUGUACUCCCAGUUGGACGAGUUUACAGCACUGUUACACAGCACUGACAGCAAGCUUACAUCAACAUCCGAGCCACAGGGAGCACCUGAGGAUGAGCUGAAAAGGGCAAAGGCUGUCAGUGCUGCUGUGCAAGAGAUGUCCAAACCUUUAGCUGCUCUGGAGAAUGAAGGUCAAACUCUGCUGAAGGACUCAGACUCCUCCCAUAACUCCACUGUCAAACUGAAGCUGACAAGUGCCAGAAAACAGUGGGAUGAUCUGUGCAGUAAGGUUAAAGCAAGGGAGGAGGAGGUAUCUGCAAACCUGAGCCAUUGGCAGCAGUACCGCAGGGCCCUGGACGAGUUUAUGGCCUGGCUGAAGGAAACUGAAGGCAUGAUGUUGGAGGACCUGGCAAAGUGUAGCUGUUCUGCUGAUGUGCAGGAAUGUGUUGAACAACAUGAGGACUAUUCAAGCUUGGAGGAUGUGGAGCAGUUGUUAUCCUCUCAUGAGAACUGUAAAUCUGUGGUACAAAAGAAGCAGGAGCAGCUGGCUCAGGCAGACACCUGCUGGAAGGCCUUCCUGGAGAAGGAGGAGAAGGUUCUUCAACAGCUGGCAGCUUUGGAGGAGAAGUUACAGGUGCAUGGUGCAAUGGAACCAACCAACAAAAAUAUCAAGGCACAGCUUAAGGGCUGUGAGAAACUUCUAGAGGAGCUGAAAAGUUGCAAUCAAGACUUGACCUCACUGAAGAGCAGAGGUAGUGAGGUGACUUCACUGGACCCCAGGAAGGAUCCACUUGUACAGGAACACAUACAUAACACGACUGGCAAAGCUCAACAUGUCCAGGAGUUGCUGGGCCAGAGGCAGGCAUCCUGCCACAGCCUGUUGGAACUGUUUGCUCAGUACCAGAAGUGCAAGUCAGCUGUGGAUGAGAUGGUGCAGGGCAUCAGUCGCACAGCCUCUGUGGGAACAGGUCUGCUCAGAGAGGAGGAUGUCAGCAGACAACUUCGAAAAUUGGAGGAAGCUGAAUCCACCUUAACAAAGCAACAGGCCCUUCUGGAUGACUUGACUACAAACGGUAACCUUCUGAUGCGACAACUGAGGGCCACAGAACACUACAAACCCGAGGGUGUGAAGACAAGCCUGGAUGCAUCCAUUGAAAGCUGGCUGGACUUAGGCCAAAAAGUUCAGCAGCAGAAGGAGUCCCUGACCACCCAGCUGAAGCUGUGGGAAGAGAUCAAUGCAAGCACACAGGACUUUGACCAGUGGUUGGCAGGACCUGUGUCUGAGCUCAAGGCUGAAGUCACCAACUUUAAGGACAGUGGGAGAGUGAAGUCCAAACUAGAGCUGUUCCAGGAUGACCUUCACAACCAUGAGAAACAGUUUGAAAAUUUGAAGAAAAAGGUGUCAUCCCUGGAGAGCAUCUGUGGCAGGGAGUCAUCAGAUGUACACAACACACUGGACCACAUUUCAUCAGAGCUAAACAAGGCCAGGAAACUGGCUUCUGAUGGACAGGCAGUGCUGCAGGACUUCAGUGGACAACAGGAGGCACUGCAGAAGCAGGUGGAUGGUUUGCUAGCCUGGCUGCAGACAGUGGAACUGAAACUGUCAAAAUGUGAUGAUAACUCAGGUAGUGAUGCUCACAUCUCAGGCCUCAUCAAACAGUGCAAGGACAUAGCGGCAGAGCUGCAGUCACGACAAAGUGAUGUGGAGGCUGCCAGUGAAAAGUUGAAUGUCAUCUGCAGAAAGUACCAAUCCUCUGAUCUGGAGCCAUUGACACAAGGUGUGUCCAGUGUCAGAACAAGGUAUGAUUCUGCCUGCUCAUCAGCUGAAAAAGUGCAGGGACACCUGGAGCACACCCUGGAUCAGAGGUUUAAUACAACUGUGGAGGAUCUGCACACCUGGCUAAAUCCUUACAAGGAUACUGUGGCUGGAUGCACAGAGCCAACAGGAGAACAGGCAGAUAUUGAAAACAAACUACACCAGAUACAGGAUGUUUUGUCCAAGGUCAGUGCAGAGGAACACAAGCUGGUUGCUGCUGGACAACAAGGAAAGUGUCUUUCUGAUGUUUUGCCAUCAACAAGCACAGACAGCAUCUCUCACCAGCUCACCUCUGUUAGGCAGGAAUGGGAAACACUCAUCAACAUGGCAAAACGGUCCAAGGCAUCCCUGGAGGAAUCCCUGUUCCAACAUAAGGACUUUGAAGAGAAGCUGCAGAAGUUUGACAAAUGGCUGGAGGAAGUUGAAGCUACUGUAGGGACUGAGUUUUCACUGAAGGCUGACCUAGCCUUGAAGAAGUCACAGGCACAAAGAUUCCAGCAUAUUCAGCAGGAUGUGGCUGACCAUGCUGCUGCUCUGAGUGGCCUGAAGGAACAGGCACUAGAACUCGGUAACAAAGACAGCCAUGAUAACAACCUGGCCAGGAAAGUCAGCCUGCUGUCAGGACGGUACCAGGGCCUCACCAAUGCAGUCAAGGACAUCCUGAGCCAAUGUGGUCAACAGGUGAGCCAACAUGAGGAGUAUCAUCAAGGCUUACAGGAGGCUCAGGACUGGCUGGAAGGUUCAAAGGACCAGCUGACAUCACUGGCCAAGACAUCAGGCUCCAGGGAGCAGAUUGAGAAAAGACUGGCAGACGUGCAGCUGCUGCUGGCAUCUAAACAGCAGGGUGAGCUGAAGUUGAACAUGGCAGUGGGACUCGGUGAGAAAACCAUGCAGAAUACAGCCGCUGAAGGCAGGAGCAUCAUACAGCAGAAGCUGGAGUCUCUUAGGAAGGAUUGGCAGGCAUUCAGCAGUUCUGCUUCUGAGACCAAGGCUAGUCUGGAAAAUAGCCUCCUACAGUGGGGCAGCUACCAGGAGAGUUUGGAUCAGCUGACAAAUUGGCUGCAUCAGACAGAGUCUACUCUGGACAAAGACCUACCUCUUGUAGCUGACCUAAAAGAGAAGAGAGCUCAACUAAAUAAACAACAGGCCAUUCAUCAGGACAUAGUGACCCACCAGUCUCUGCUGGAGAAGGUGGUGGAGAAGGCUGGUCAGGUCACAUCAGACAGUGAUGUCAGUGACAUUAGGGAACACUAUGCAGAACUGCUAACUAAGGCACAGGAUCGUAUCAGCCACAUGGAAAGUGUAGUGUCAGACCACCAGCAGUACCAGGAAGCCAUGCAGUCCUUCCGAAUUUGGUUCAGCCCAGCACAGGAGGAGCUGCGUGGCUGUGCUGAGCCCUGCACUGAAAGAGCAGCCACUCAGACUAAGCUGAAGAAACUGCAGGAGCUGCGGUCCUAUGUCACGACUGGCAAGUCCAAGGUGGAACACCUGUCAUCCCUGGGUGACCAGACUCUGCUCAACACCUCCCAGCCAGGGGUCAAACACAUCCAGCUGGAGAUCAAAACAGCACACAGGGACAGAGAUGAGUUCUCCAGAGACAUCGGGAAACUCUCUGCUGACCUGGAGGUCUUAUUGGGAGAGUGGAAAAGGUAUGAGGAAAUGGAGAAAGAGCUAACAACAUGGCUGGCAAACAUGGAGUCAACCCUGAAGGCUGAGGUUCCCCUUGUGUCAACUGUACAAGAGAAGAAAGAACAACUUGCUAAGUACAAGUCUUACCAUGAUGAAGUGAUGAAGAGGAAGACUGCCAUAGAGGCCCUGAGUAAGCAGGCUACAGCAGUGAUGGGUCACCAGGCAGCAAAUGUCAGCUUGGGGUCACAGGUCACCAACAUCACUUCACACUUCCAGUCUCUCACCAUCAUCAGCAAGGAUCUGGUGAAAAAGCUGGACCAGACAGUGACAGAUCAUGAACAGUUUGAAGUGACCCUUAAGUCCACCUCACAUUGGAUCAGCCAGCUGAGUCAAGAGAUACAACGCUGUAAAUCAAACACAACACAACCACUGGAGACCAGGAUCAAAACUCUCAAGGACCUGGGAACUACAAUCCAAGACGGGAAAUCCAAACUGAAGGCAGCCUCAGACAAGACAGAGAAAGUCCUGUCCACUACAGCAGCCCAUGGCCACAAGCACAUCAUCCAGGAGGUGGAGAGGCUGAGGAAGGAGUACGAGCAACUUGAUACUUCCCUGCAGGAACUACAGACUUCAGUGGACUCAGAGGUCCAUCAGCAACAGGAGCAUGCCGAGGCUGUGGAAGUCUUCUCCACCUGGCUGAAGGACUUGGAGUCCAAACUGUCAGCUGAUGUGGAGGUGGGAGCACGGCUGGGAGAGAAGAAGUCACAAUUAGAGAAGUACCAGGCUCUUCAGUCAGAGGUGUUGCAGAAGCAGUCAGUCCUGGAUGACCUGAAACAGCAAGCGGCACAGCUGAAGGAGCGGGGAGGACAGGAGUCAGCCAGUCUGGGCCAGCUGGAGAGGAGGUUCACCAUCAUCAUCACCAGGCUGGAGGAGAUCAUCACCAUGUUUGUCAAGGUCACCACAACGCAUACGGAGUAUCAGGGCAAGGUGCAGGAAGCAGAGAAGUGGCUGAUGCUGAUGUCCAAUAAAGUGAUGUCAGAAGGCAGCAGUCAGCCAGCCAGCCUGGAGAGGGCACAGCAGGAGCACCAGCAGCACAAGGCUGUGAUGCAGGAGGUAGAGGCUUUCCAGUCUAACAUAGACAGCAUCAGAGACACCGGCAAACAGCUUACCUCACCUCACAUCCCCAUGGCCGAUGUAGCCAGGGCCAAACUCAAGAAAAAGGUCUCCUCUCAGGUAGAUACUCUACAGUCCAGCUAUAGUUCUGUGAAGACUGCAGGUCAACAGGUGCAGCAACAGCUGGAUGCUGCUGUUCUAAAACAUGAGCAGCUACAGGAGUCUUUACAGGCUGCAGAUGAGUGGCUAAAGGAAGCUAUAACUGCUGUACAAGGGCAAGAGCCAAGCCAUGCUUCAAGUCUGGAGGAAGCCCAGAAAAUACUUGCAGAGCAAAAGGUCAUGCUUGAGAAGACAAAGGCAACAGAAUCCUCCAUAUCUGCUCUGUCAGAAGACACUGGUGAUUACACAGAUGGCAGCACUCCUCUGCAGGGCAGGCUGGAAGAAGCAACAGAACAGCUGCAGCACAGGGUUACAGUAGCCUCUGACCUGGUGACUGAGUGGGAGGGGCUGGAGAAGACCAAGGGCAAGCUUCACUCCUUCCUGCAGGAGGCAGAGAAAAACCUCACUCAGCUGAAGGGAAAACCAGCUGAACUCAGCAUCAAUAGAGCAAAGAUACAGUCCAGUCAAAUACAGGAACUGGCAGAGGAGGUGAAAUCAAAGGAGACCUUUUUGAAAGCUCUUGAGCAGAAAUUCAUCAGCCUUUCAGGAGACACUCCUGAUGUCAAAGAUCCAGUGAUUUCAGAACUGGCAGAACAGUUGGAUCAACUGUGUACCAACACAGCAGCCCUCCAGGCCCAGAGAGAUGGUGAACUGAAGGCAGCAGAGGAAUACCAGGAUGCCCGGGAACAGCUGAGCUCCCAGCUAGACCAGUACCAGGCCAACCUGGCACAGCUGGACCAGGACAGGGACAGCAGCACUCCUGUCAGGCUGGACAAGGCCAAGCAUCUGGUGGCAGACCUAGAGCACCAUAAAGUUACCAUUGAGGAGCUGAGAGCCCGGGGGAAGGACAUGUCGGCAGCACUGACAGUCAAUGAUCAAAAACUACUGCAAGACCAUGUCAGCAUUCUGGAAGAGCACCUUGGACGACUGCUGAAGGUUGCCCAAUCCCAGCAGUCCCAGCUGCAGACAGCCCUGGAACACUUCAGUGGUGCCCAGUUCCAGACUGCAGGCACCCAGACAUGGCUGCAGACCAUGCAGGGGAGGGUCGCAGCACCAGUGGUGCUCAAACUGGAUGUGCAAGAAGCACAAAAACAGCUGGAGCAGUACUCUGGCCUAUGUAAGGAGAUAGAUGAAAGAAAGGACAGCCUGGCCUCCAUGCAAACCUUUGUUGAGGAACUCUUGCCAAAUCUGGGCAAGGCAGAGAGAAAAGACCUGGAGGACAAACUGCAGAGUAUCCAGCAACAGUACACUCAGUUGGAGAAGGAUGCCAAGGGGCGGCGGCAGGCGCUGGGAAAAGGCGUUUCUGAGCGGCGGGAGCUUCUGUCAGAGCUGGAGCAGUGCCAAACAUGGCUGGAACAGACGGACAAGAAGGUGCAAACCCUGGUGGAGGAUCCCGUCGCUCUACAGCCCCACGGUGUGCAGAAACAGAUUAAUUCCUGCAAGGCUUUACAGAAUGUAGUCUCCUUGUAUCAACCCAACAUAGCAGAAGUCAACAACAAAGCACAAAAUCUGCUGGGUGACCUUGAUGAGGAUGACAAGGUCAAGCUGGACAGUGCUCUUGAAGGUCUGCAAGAAGGUAAUGAUAACCUUCAGGACAAGCUGACCACAUGGCUGGUCAGACUGGAGAGUGCCCUACAGGACAGGGAGACCUUCCAGGCUGACCUGGACAGCUGUAGCCAGUGGUUGAAGCAAGCAGACAUUGCAACCUUCCCAGAGGUCAAGCUUGAUGCAGCCCUGCAGGAAUUGGAAACCCAGCUAGAUAAACAUCAGCAUAUCAGCAAGGAGGCCGGCAUGUAUGAUGAGAUGCUAAACCGUCUGCAACAGCAAGGUGGUGCUAUGGAGGCCCAGCUCAACCCACAGGAUGCAACCAUCCUCAGGGAGAAGCUAGUGGCUGUGGAGCAGCAGUUUAAGCGGUAUGUUGGAAGACACCUGUAG